AUCUCUGAGAUAUACACAAGGGGCCAAGGGUAGAGCUAUGUAAAUGAAACUAAGAGGGAAAAUCAUCUUGCAGACUUGAGCCAGUGGAUGCAGAGCUGGUUUUGGUUAGGGGGCCCAGACUAAAGAGUAAGUCCUGCGUUUCCCCACGCCCCCCAUACACAAGUGCACAGCGCAGUGGGUCACUCCUGAGACUCCUGCCUACCUGGCCGUAAAUCGUCUCUGGCUAAAUGACAAAACAACAUAAAGUACUUCUUACACCUUAGAGGGCACGUCUACACAUUCAUGAAUGCGACUUAGCUGCUGCACAUUUAGUUAGUACUUGCUUAAUAAAGUACUAACUAAACUUGCAGUAACUAGAGGUACCGCACAGUAGUGCCGGCGCUUGGUUGUUUAGUGACGCUUAGCGCACAUUAGCCCAACAACGCUGCGCGGCGGCUGUUAGCACGGGUUGUAACCGCCACGCGACUGCGCGGUGUUAUUGGGCUAAUGCGCAGGAAGUGUCUCGUGUGUUUCAAAACAUGGAGACUGUCAUGAGUGGAAAGGGAAGGUCCUUAGAAACAUCCUGGGAAGGUUCAGGGGGAGCCUGCCUGCAGCAGGAGCUUGCCCCUGAGGAGCCCCUUCCAGUCCUCUUUUCCUAUGUAUUACCAAGAAUGGUUGGUACUGCAUUUAAAAUAUAGCUCCCUUGCUGUUGCUGACCUCUUGCAUCUCCCCCCCACACCCCAAAGCCCCCCGCACUACGGAUGGCGCGUAUACACCCAGUCCCGUCAAGAGAUUGGUGCCUGGGCUCAGCUCCGCUGCCGCUGAGGUUCAAGCAGGACUUCCCUGCUAGAGCGAAGCCCCACAGUUUUGCGUCUCCCAUCCAGCCCCGGAACUAGCCAGCCCCUGCUUAGUUUCAGAGGCGGCACGGAGCCCCUAGCUUCGCCGCUUGGGGCGUGAUGACGUGUGUUUUCUUCCACCAAUCAGCUGCCAGCGAACAGCAGGGCGGAAGCGCAGCAGCAGCAAGAUGGCGGAAGCUCCCGGCAAGCGGGCGCGGGGCGCGGAGGGGGAAGAGAAGAUCGACUGGCGAAAACGGAGACAAGAAAAAAAGUCUGAAAAGAAAAAAUGGAAGGAAAUCAAGUUGUUGAACAGACUGGAAAAGCAAAGAAUGCAGAAGCUAAUGGUGAAACAAAAAGAGGAGGAAAAGCCUAAAGAAGACAAAGGACGUCACUACACCAUUAGUGUAGCUUUGCCAGGCUCUAUACUGAACAAUGCACAGUCCCCGGCAUUACGGACAUACCUGGCUGGGCAAAUUGCCCGGGCCUGUACCAUCUUCCGCGUGGAUGAGAUUGUGGUGUUUGAUGAGGAAGAAGAAGGCUCAAGGAGUGUGGAGGGGGAGUUUCAUGGAAUUGGGAAGAAAGGACAGGCUUGCGUGCAGCUGGCUCGGAUUCUGCAGUACUUGGAAUGUCCUCAAUACCUGAGAAAAUCUUUUUUUCCAAAACACCAGGAUCUGCAGUUUGCAGGGCUCCUGAACCCCUUGGACAGCCCCCAUCACCUGCGGAUAGAUGAAGAAUCAGAAUACCGGGAAGGGGUGGUGGUAGACCAGCCCACCAAGCCAGGCAAAGGCUCCUUUGUGGACUGUGGAAUGCGGAAGCGGGUGCAGAUAGACAAACAGCUUGAACCAGGCCUUCGAGUCACUGUUCAACUAGAUCAGCACCACAGUCCAGAUUGCAAGACAAGGAAAGGCACAGUUGUGUCCUCGCACCAUCCAAGGACUGUGUCUGGCCUAUACUGGGGUUACAGUGUCCGGUUAGCCUCCUGCCUAAGUGCUGUCUUUGCUGAAUGUCCUUUCAAAGAAGGCUAUGACCUCUCUGUUGGAACUUCAGAGAAAGGGACCUGUGUGGACCAAGCAGUUCUCCCCUCCUUCAGACAUGCCCUGAUAGUAUUUGGAGGUCUACAAGGCUUGGAAGUGGGUGUGGAUGCCGACCCAAACCUGGAGGUCAAUGACCCAAGUGUCCUGUUUGACUUUUACUUGAACACCUGUCCUAGCCAGGGCAGCCGCACCAUCAGGACUGAGGAAGCCAUACUGAUCUCUCUAUCUACACUGAGACCCCAGAUAGACGAGGCUGUGAAGAAGCCACUGGCUCCUGAAGGAAAGCAAGCUGGUGAUUUAUGAAAUGAGAACCUGCCUCCUCAUACUGCUUGUGUCUUGGAGAUGGACUGCUGCUCAUUUAAUUUAUUCUAAGGAGUAGAAGCUGGGAGCUAUAGGUAGUUUCCAGAUUGUUCGAGACUAACAAAAGUACAACAUAAAUAAAAGCUACAUCUUUACUGAGUGACUGUCUCACACCAGAAGCAAGAAAUAUAACUUUAAAGUUGCUGGAGCCAUCAAAAGCCUGAGCUCUUGAGCCUAGGCCAUGCUGAUAAGUGGAGCUGGCUGGCACUUGAACAGGGGAACUCCACUGGUGAAUCACUAAGCAGCAAAAAUGUUUUGGGACAUGUGGAAAAAUAAAACUCUAUGAAACUCUGCACUGGACUGAAGAGCCGGGGUAGUACCCACAGGGUCUGUGUACUGAAAUUAGUGACUCCCAUUGAUCUGUCAGAGCUGUGUUUCUUAAGCACCUCUAGAGACUAUGCAUCUUGUUUUUAAAGGCAUUACACGUCUUUUGAAAGAGUAACACCUAGGAAGGGCAUCUAACGCCUCCUGUCACUGAUGGCUAUCUUCCAAGUGGCUGAGUUCUUGUAAAGCAGAACUGUAACUUAACUCUUUGCACUCACCUCUCCAUACUUAGAUCAAUAUGUCAGUUUAAACUUCUAGAGAUCUAGGCAAUGCAAAGACGUGCCCAGGUAUCUGUAGUAGUAGAUAUGACUGCUUUAGGCGACAAGUCCUCAGUAGUGCUACAAUGCAGGGGGGAAAAAGAGAGCUAAUCCCUCUAACAACAUAGCUAACUGCUGCACAUAGCUGAAGAGAGUUGUUCAAGGCUGUCCACACUUACAGUUGGGGCCAUGGUACUGCCUGUGGGUACAUCCCACUUUGUUAUAGCAAAAAUGCUCCUUUUAUGCUCUUUACAGAUAUUUUCUGGCUCCCUUAAAAGGGAUGUGAGGAGCCAUUCAGCAAUUAGAAAAGCCUUAAAGGAGCUGUUCAGGGUAAAAUCUAAUCCUUAUUGCAGAAGUCUGCUAUUAGAAGGCAAU